AUGACUCUUGGUGGUUUACUUAUCAAUCGUCGUACAAAACGACAAUAUCGUUUAGAUGGAUGUCGUCGAUCACGUAAAAAUCCUUUAUUAAAUUUAGCACGACCAUUUUUAUCUUUAAUAACUAAUUCACAAUUACCAAAUAUUAUUGAUUUACGUUCAUUUUUAAGUCCAAUUGAAGAACAAUAUACAGCUGGUUCAUGUGUUGGUAAUGCAUUAGCAUCUAUAUUAGAAUAUUUUUAUUUUUAUACAACUGGUCAAAUAAAAAUUUUUAGUCGUUUAUUUAUUUAUUAUAAUGCUCGAAUGAUGGAAGAUAAAAUAUCACAACGAAAUGCAACUGAAAUAGAUUCUGGUGCUGAUAUACAAUAUGCUAUUAUAAGUUUAAUUGAAUAUGGUUGUUGUGAAGAACAAGAUUGGCCAUUUUAUGAACAUCUUAUUAAUAUUCAACCAAAUUAUAAAGCAUAUAAAAAUGGUCAAUUAUAUUGUUUAAAUGAAUUUAGUCGUCUUUCAAAUAAUAUUAAUCAAUUACGUCAAUGUCUUAUUCAAGGUUAUCCAUUUAUUAUGGCAAUAAAAAUAUUUUCAUCAUUUGGAUCAAAUCAUCAUGGUUAUAUAUCAAUGCCAAAAAAAUAUGAAAAAUCAUCUCAAUAUCGACAUGCUAUUGUUUGUGUUGGUUAUAUACAUUCUAAACGAAUAUUUAUUAUACGUAAUUCACAUGGAAUUGAUUGGGGUGAUCAUGGUUAUGGUUAUUUACCAUAUGAAUAUGUAACAGAUAAAAUUUUAACAAAAGAUUUAUGGGCAAUAAAAUCAAUUAAAAAUAUGAGAAUAAUAUCAAAUGAAGAACAUAUUAGAUGGAAUGAUUUUUCAAUAUUAUCAAAAUCAUGGAGUCAACAAGAUAUGAUUGAUGAUCAAUCACAAUGUGAUAUUGAAUAUUCAAAUGAUGAACAAGAAGAAUCAGAACUAACUAAUGAACAUAGACAAUAUCAACGUUGUUAUUCACAAGAAUUUGAAAGAGAACGAUCAGCAUCACCAAUACAAUUAGAAGAAAAUCAUUUCAUACAACCAUCUUUUAUAAAUCAUCAUUCAACAGCUCAUAUUCCAUCGCAAAUUACAUUUAUGAAUGCACCUUUAACCCUUUGGUCACGGAUCACCCAUAUAUGUGCUUUGAACUUUUGCAGUCAAAUUGAACAACAUUAUAAUGAAUUUACAAAUAUUAGCCUUAUAUUUUCUAGUCAAAAACAUCAUCGUUUUAUAAUUGUAUUUAUUAUUAUCAUUGGUAUUCAUGUUAUGAUUGUAUGUCUUCUUGCUUUAUACAUAUUAUGUAAAAGUCCAGUACCAUAUCGUCAUAGAAUUCAAUUAGAUUAUAUUAUUGAUCCACAAUUAGCUAAACAAGCAGCACUAAAACUUGCACCAGAACCAGUAUAA